CUAAGGUAAUGUAUGUAAAUCCGCACGCCAGAAACUUCUGCAGCGGAAGAUCGUCACUUGGAACGGCGGCGCUGGUGGAAUCUCUAGGUACUUACAUAACCUAAGGUAAUCACAAAACUGGGGCCAAAAAAAGCGCAAGCAAGCUUGUGCAGGUACAAUACAAUAGUGUACAUACCUAGGUACAAAAUGUCGCAUAUGCGAGAAGGAGAAGAAAAAUCAUUAUCGUUGGUAACGAUACCAACGACCCAGCCGGGUACGCGGAAGAGGCGAAUCAAAGCCGUCUUCUUCGACUUUAUGGGAACGUGUCUAGAUUGGCACAGCGGAGUCUCCAGCGCGCUGCCGGCAGGCAUAGCGGAGGCAACCCGCUCGAGGCUGGCGCUCGAUUGGCGCGAGGAGUUCUUCGGGGAGCUGCACGCUCGGUCCCUGUUGGGACUGCCUCCCGAGGACAUUGACAUCACGCAUCGGAAAACGCUACUGAGGAUCCUCGGCUGGGAUGUCUACGAGGGGGAGCGCCGGCAUUUUGUUGGGCUCGACGAUAAUAAUAAUACUACUGAUAGUAAUAAUACUGGCAGUGGUAAUGGGGCGUCUGCAUCUCCAGACGUUGCUGCUCUUGCUCCUGGUCCUGGUCCUGGUCCCCCGGACGCCGGGACGGGCGCCGUCGAGCGCGCUGUGCGUGCGUGGCAUAAUAUAGCCCCAUGGUCGGAUGUUCGCCCUGCACUAACCGCGCUGAAGAGCGAGCACGAGCCAGAGCACGAGCCAGGGUUGGAGCUAUUUGUGCUCGCCAACGGGACUACAAGAUUGCAGCUCGACCUCGUCCGAUCAUCCGGCCUAGAGGGCAUCUUCAGCCUGCUGUUCUCGAGCGAGCUUCUGGGCGUGUACAAACCGGCGCCGGAGGCCUACGAGAAAGCUCUAGGGCUGGUGAGGGUCCGGCCGGACGAGGCCGUCAUGGUCGCGGCCCACGCGUACGACCUCAGAGCGGCGAGGGCGCUCGGCAUGAGUACGGUGUACGUGCAUCGCUGGACGGACGACCGCAGCGAGGAUAUGGACGCUGUGAGAAGGGAGAAUGAUGCGUUCCUCGAGGACGGAAUGGAAGGGUUGCAUUCCGUUGUCAAAGCCUUGAGUUCAGACCUCACGGUUUGAAAAAAAAAGAAAAAAAAAAAGAAUUGCUACCUAACUUUGUAGUUGCUGUAUAGCAUUACAUUAUAUUGGGUACAUAUUCUAUAUUCUACCAACAGCCCUGCGGUAAGGUCGCGAACCAGGUCGUUCGCUUCGAAGGGUCGGGGUAGGCUGUGAUUCUUGGUAGAGGAAAAUGUUGUGCAUGAGGCCUCCCGUCGAUAGAUUCUUGAGGAUUGAGCGGCUCAUGUGCAUUGCAUUUUUUCUUUUUUUAAGGAAAUGAGGCGCACGUCAUGAUUAUGGUUAGGUUAGGUGCAGGACGGCCCGGAGUGUUGGUUUCUUUUUAUGCUCCA